UUCAUCGAUCAGCUGACAAGUUAGGGGUGUUGGUUAGGUGAGAAUUCCAACGGGGAGGUGGCUAUUUAUUUUCCUGAAAAUGAGGUACGGGCUGGGAUAUACUUUUUUAGCGACGCUUUCGUCUGCGGUGACUAUAAUAGUGCUGUAUUAUGUACUUACUGGGAAAGGAGAGAGGAUUAGUUUUGGCUGGUUCCUAACGGAGACUAGCCCAUACAUGUGGGCAACAGUUGGUGUUGGAUUGGCUGUUUCUCUGUCUGUGGUUGGAGCUGCACUAGGCAUUCAUACAACAGGAGUCAGUAUUAUUGGUGGUGGUGUAAAAGCACCCCGAAUAAAAACAAAGAACUUGAUAUCAGUCAUUUUCUGUGAAGCGGUUGCAAUCUAUGGUCUCAUUACUGCAAUUGUUCUUUCUGGGCUGAUAGAGAGUUUCAGUUGGGAUGCCGUUCAAAGUAAUAUUGAUCUGAAGGGCCAGAAUUGGCUUUCUGGCUACAUAAUGUUUGGUGCUGGAUUAAGUGUUGGUUUGGUUAACCUUUUCUGUGGAAUUGCAGUUGGAAUUGUGGGAUCAGGUGCGGCCCUAGCAGAUGCUGCGAACUCGGCAUUAUUUGUCAAGAUCUUGAUCGUAGAAAUUUUUGGAAGUGCUAUUGGACUUUUUGGACUCAUUGUUGGAAUUUAUAUGACUGCCAAAGUAAAGAUGGGGGACAAGCAGUAAACAAGUGAUCCAUUUCAGCAGACAAGAAAUAUGGCUGUUUUUGGAUUGUACAGAGACUUCAUGUAUAAAUUAGGGGUGCUGGUGUACAGAAGUGUGAAUGUGCUUUGUAUAUUUGUAAAAAAUAAAGUGGGUGUAGAGAAGAUAAGUAUUAUGUAAUGAAAAUUUAUUUGUUAUUACAUUAUUUUAAUCAAUUACAUAGAUGCGUGAUUGUUACUCCUGAUAUAAACUGUAUCAUAUGUACAUAGUUUUCAAAUUUGAAGUCUCUCUGUCUCACUUUGUAUACAUAAUUAUGCUUAGAAGAACCUAGUGUUUAUACCAGAAAUAUUUCAUAAAUUUGUGUUAAUUUAAUGAAUCUAGCUCGGAAUAGUGUGUGUAAUUUAUACUUGUGAAGUAUGUGGGGUGAUUUGGUAAUGAAAUAUAGUUAAUGUGUGAAUAAUUGUUGAAGUAUACACAUUGUAAUUAGAGCAUCAUUCAGUAUUAAAUAUUUUGCGGUGUGAUCACAAUUAAGGCAGAAACUGUUGUCCAGGCUCUUCAAACUGUAACUUUCUUGGUUGUUAGAGCAAACAAGUAAAUGGAAACAAGACAUACAUGAAAUUGUUUUUUUACACAGUGUGCUGAUGACAAGAUGAUGUGGUAGGGAUAUAGAGGAAUGGACAAUUAAUAUAGUUCAUUUCCAUCAGGGUUGAGAAUGAGAGGGCAUUACAAAUGUCCGCCUGUAUUAAUUUUAUCAAAUCACUCCUCUAUCCUGCUUGCAUAUUCAGAUGUUAAAUAUUAUCUUGCACAGAAUUCAUUAUUUUGUAAGUUUUGUCACCUGCAUAUUAUUUAUAGUGCUCAUAUACAUGAACUAUUUGUUGUACUGAUUCACUGUCCAUUAUGUAUUUCUCAAACUACAAUAUCAGUAUUUGGUGUCAA